CGUCGUCGUCGUCGUCGUCGUCAUGGGCGGAUGUACCUCCAAGGAUACCACGUCGAACGACGAGUACGUAUUCCCUGUGGAUGAAGAGAAUUUAUUAGCAGAGACUAAUUUCAGAAAUUUUUGAUUGCUUGGAGAGGAGAUGGCGUGCAAACUGGUUCAGAAGUCACACACUGAUCUGACUCCAUGAAUUGAAAACCAGAAAAAUAUAUACACCGUUCUUCUUUUCUCUGUGUAGUAAAACUAAAUGUACAAAAACUAGAGUUUGAUCACUUUGGCUUCUGAGCUCGUAUCAAUUAUGUGUGCGUGCGUGUGUGCAAUCAGAUUUAGAUUAGGUUAAGUUCACUGGAAGUUUAUUUCUGUAUAAAAUUUUAGAAAUCAAGUCUUUCGAAUUUUUCGGGGAAAUGGUGUAUUUAGGGUGAAUUAUGCGAGCGUGCGAGUCGGUUUAAGGGUUUGUCGGUGACGUCACUUGGCUCGGUGCCCGCCUAGUGACGUAGUCGAACGUCAGAUCAGACAUUCAUGGAAUUCGUAAUUAAUGUAUCGGGCACUAGAGAUGAGUCAUUUAUAGGAGUACGUGAUUAUCACAUGCCGCGGGAAAAUUGGUGAAAUAUUUCUGUUACUCUUUUUGAUUUUGUUAUAUCACAAGGAACGGUAUUUCAAUAAAAAUUUAUUAUAGAUAUGGUAGGAAAUUUAUUUAUUAUAUAGAUAUAACUAUAAAAGAAUAGAAAUUUUUCAACCCGUCACACUUAAAUUAAGUAGUGAACAUAUUUCGUUUCAAUUUGAAAUUGUCUCAAAAUCUUUCGUUCCAUUUAAAAAAAUUCAGUAUUGAAAGAGUUAAGAUUUUUUUUUUUUAAAUGUUGACAAAUUAUUUAUUCAAUUUGCAUCAUAAAGCAAAACCAAAGUUCUUUCUAUUAUGUUGGUAGAAUGAAACACGCAGUAUCUUUUCAAUGGUAUACAUUUAUGAAGAGAAAAGAUUUCCAAGAUAAAAUAUAUUCUCUCUGUAUAAGUAGCAAAAUAACAAAGAAGUAGGAUCAUUUUAUAAGAUCUUUAAAUACUAAUUGCUGAUAAAACAUUAUUAAAUAAUUAAUACAUGAAAUAGAAAAUUUUUUCUAAAAUGAGAUAAUAAUGGUAAACUAUAAAAGUAGCAAUGGUUUACUAUAAAAAUAAAAUUCGUAGUAAUUUCUAUAUUGUGAAAAAGUCAGAUUCGAUUCGAGUUAUUUAUCAGCGAUGUUCCCAUCACUCGAUCGUUAAACCUUGCUUACAACCUUGGUUACUCAGGACUUCAUUAUCCUUCAAGUUUCCCACACUUUAGGUAUCGAACCAUCAACAGAGUUUAUGUCGUCCGAAGUUUGACGUACAGGCCAAAGAUCACUUUCGACUAAAACUUUUAGCGUCUAUUAUGUUAGAGAGUUAGUUUCAUUAGUCAAAUGCAAAUUAAUUAGAAACCGUUUUUCUAUUCGCCUGUAAUUGGUUUGAACCAUUUUGUACAAAUAGCAUCGUUACCAUUAUGACUGUUAGUAACGAAAUUUUAGAUAAUUAAAAUUUAAAUUUUGUACUUUAUAUUCUCUGUUACAGAAGUUGCUAAUAAGGCUUUGAACAAUUCCAGAAAAUUUUCAUAAUUCUCAAUGGUUCAAUAAUGCCAAUUGAAAGUUCGUAUUGAGUAAUAAAGAAACUUUAUUUCGUUUAAUUUUUAGCAUUUUAUUGCGCUCUGAAAGGAAAUUUGUUAAUUAGUAAUUAGCGAUUAUUGGUGAAAUAUCAAAUUGAAAUCUUCUUUCUGCCUUUUUUUUUUUUUUUUUUAAAUUUCAUUUUAUUGGUUUAGUGUGUUGUUCGAACGGUUCUCUCAAGUUCCUUAUAAAGGAGUGUAGCCGACGUUUAUAGUGGCUAGGGACCACUACCCCUGUUGGUUCACACAAAAGGGUUAACCCUCUGGCCUUAUGCAGGGGCGUGGACGAGAAGCAGGUCGACUGAAAAAUUUUAUUUGCAUUUCGCACGAUAUAUCGGUCUAUGUUCACUUCGUGUCCCUUGUUACUCUUUCGGAAUAAAAUAUGCUCGCUGGAGAAAUGUUUCAAAGACCUUUCUCUGAAACGAUUUUUAACUCUCUUCUCCGUGGUUUUCGUUCGAUUACAAAGGAUGAAAAAUUGGAAUGUUCCUUAAUAAGUGUUUUAUUGAGAUUUAAUAUUUGCAGUGGAUUGUGUACUCUAUUCUAGUAAUUUUCAUUUUUUCAAAUUUUCAAGAUGACAGAAUAGUAGUCUGAAUAUAUUUAAAUAAAGAUACGACGAGAUAAAUUAGAAAGGCGCUAGCAGAUCACGCUAAAGAUGCUCACUGUUCACAGUUGUUCGUUAUAUCAAAGAUAUCAAAAGAAUUACUUGAAAUUAUAUGGCUAAAGAUAUUAUCUGAAAGCAUAAGAGUGCAAGUCAUGAGGCACGUACAAGAGUAGUUCAAGACACUACUUGUCAGAUAAAUGUGUGUAAAGAUGAUUAAGAGAGGUGUUUCGAGCAUGUUGAGCUAUUAAUUAUAAUUAAUUGUAACAGUCUUAGUCAAUUGUCGCAAUACUGACAUACAAUUAUUUUUAAUAUUGACGAACAAAAUUCAUUGUCGAGUCGAGUACAUUCUCUUCUUUCUUUUCUUAAGUAUCUUCAAUUUUAAACAAUAUUUAUACACCAGAAUGUAUAAAUCUCUGGAUCUAAAUUCUAAGCUAAAAUGACUGUUAACAUCAUCUAUAUCUUAUCGUUCAUUAUCGUAUUUUUAUUUCUUUAUUAAGUUGAUGGAACAUUGAUGAUCGAUUGAAACGCAUCUAGGCAUCACCGUGAUGACAAUUCUCAACUUUCAUGUUUUUACAUACACGAUAUAUAAAUAUAUAUAUGUUUAUGUUUCACGAUUUAUCAACGAUUUUUCACAACGCGUUCCUAUAGAAAUCUCACUAUAGUAAUCACAAUCUUUUCGAAACAUAUAGAAAUAAUAUAAAUAUCAUAAUAAUAUAUAAUAGUAUAUAAAGUAUCAUAAUUUUUUAAGAAUCGAAUAAACAGCCUGCCCUGGACAUUGUGAUCAAAAACUCACGGCACACGGAUGCUUUUCAAUCGAUCGAACCAAACGAAAGGCACCAACUGCAUAAAUUUCAGCAACGUCAAAAAGCACCGAUCGAACGAACGAAAAAAAAGGAAAAAAAAAAAAAAAGACAGAAAAACAACCGACUUGUCACGUUGGAAAUCCGCACAAAUUCUCUCAGCUCGCCGACCCGAUGAAAUUGAUUAAUUUGCCGUGGGUAAAGCUUCGUUUCGAAGAGCAAAGAGGAGAGUGAGGCAAGAAAGAUCUCGCGUCUGAAAGUCUGUUUUCACGUAGCAUCGGGGAAAAACUCGAGGGAGGAGGGAAGGUGCAAUGAGAUCGCGCGAUCAUCCUGAUCCUCGUGGACGUCGAGUGACAACACCGUUGCGAUUAGCGCUCGCCUGAGUUCUUCUCCCUACUCGUCAUCCGUGGCCAUCGUGAUCGUCGUCGUCGUCGUCGACGGAUGCACGGUUUUAUAAGAGAAAAAGAGGAUCGACCGUUAACUGUUCGUGUCGCUUAUAAAUAGACGCAUAACCCGGGGCGAUAAUCGAGGCAUAAUCGUCGACAAUGGGCGUAUGCACGUCGCUGGGCAUAUGCGAAUCGUCGGACGAAACGGUCGCCGACGAGGACGAGUACGUAUUUGCUGAUUGCACUGCGAACAACACACAGUGUUCCCAGUCGGCUGAAAGGCUAACCGUUUACCUCACCCGAAUGUGCAUACUGCAAUCUCUCGCUCGAACUUUCUCUAUUUUGCGUUUUUUUCCUUUAAACUUUUUAAAUUCCGCGAAAUCGCACGGAUCGCUCAGACGGUUGACCAAUCUGACCGAGCUGAAAAUGACGAUGUUGUAAAGAAAAAAGGAUUUAGUUCACUGGUAACGAGGAACUCGUUUAACUUUUAAAAAUGAAGAUGAGAAUUGUCGUAGUUUUUAAAAGGAAAGGAAAAUUGAACAUAGUGAAAAUUAUGUGAGGACGAGUCAAAGUAUACAUUGUGAAAACAAACAAAUUCACAUGAGUUGUAAAACAUUAAGUGAUUAGAUCGCGAUCAGUUCAAACGACAUGAUUGUUGUUUGAUAGAUACAGAAUAUCACAAUUUCUGCAAGUAUGAAACGUUAAAAUGUCGUUGACUACUGUUUUAAUUAUUAAAAAAAAAAAAAAAGAAUCUCGUGAAUAUUGUAUUGAAUUUAAACACAAUUAAGCUUCAAUUUCAAUUAAUAUUCAAUGUAUAAUAAUAUUACUGUAACAGAGAAAAGUUCGAGCGAAACGUUAUGUGUUUCAAAUAUAGUGCACCAACCACGAGACACACCUACGUGAUUAAUCGUCUAAUGCAUUUUGUUCAAAAUAAUUAAUCAGAACAGUUUCUGAAUGUUUCUGAAAACUAUAAAAUUUAGAAUUGUUACUUAAUUGCAUGUUCAAUAUUUAAAUAUUUAAUUAUUCUGAGCAAAUAUAUUUGGCACCUUGGAAAACAGCACUGUUACAAAGGAAUAUAUUUUAUUAAUAUGUUGUAAUAUCGUUUUACGUCAAAAUUUUGUCUUGCAACGAUGCAUCGUUAAUUAUCGAUGUUAUUAUCUCAAAUUCUGCUAAAUGAGAGAUAGGCUUUUCAACGUUUUCACAGAAAUUAUUGAGGAAUAAGCAUCGAGUUAAGAAGCAAACCAUUAAAGCUGAAUUUAAUGUGCAUUAUCAUAUUAGUUAGUUAGUUUCUAUCUAUAAAAUAAAAUAAUAUAGCUAUAGAUGGUAGUAUAAAUAAACUUCAAACUUCAUCAAGUUCAUCAAGAUGUUAUUUUAAAAAGUGAAUAAUAAUAAAAUAAACAGUAAUAAAUAUUCAUAAAAUUCUAAAUCCAAGUUAAUUAACAUUACUUAUUACUAAGAUGUUUUUAACAUAUAUAUAAUAUUCAUCUUUCUUACUAAAUUUGAAUUUUUAUCUUAACUUUUUACCUUUAUGAAAAUUUUCCAAAAUCUCUACUAUUGUUCUACUGGUCUCUACAAAUUUCACGUGUCUCUAAGGUACCAAAAAUUUCGUAACCUUAUUAUAUACUAACACGUAUUAAUAUUUUUGUAUUUGUAUUUAGUCGUAUACGUGCUUGAACUACGCUAGUUAUUCUCAUUCGCAUUUAAAGUCCACACCAUGGAUGGUGUUUCAACAAUCUCUACGUUCUAGCUCUAGUUCUAGCAAACGCGAGUAACGAUGAAUCCUUUCGAUUUACAAGGGAGAGCACAAUCGAAAAUUGCGCGUAAGGCAGUCUGACAAAAGGCAGCCGUGGAGUCCUCGAUGUCGGGCUCGCAUAAGCUCCUUAAAACCUCUGUAUCAAAGGAUAUCCUUACGAGAUCAUUGGCCCGAUUCCUCGAUAAUUUCAUCUCUCGGCAAACUGUCAAACUAUUCGGAACUUAGUGAGUAACAUCAAAGAUUCGAUUCGAACUUCUCCUUUACACAGAUCUCCUUUUUACCAUAUCUUUUCCUUCAUUGCCAGAUGAAGUUAGAAAACUUGUGACUAAUUACGAUUAUAGUAAUUAAUAUACGGAGAGUAACGUGUGGAAAUUUGUUGGAGCAUCCUCGUAGUUGACAAGUUUGUUUUAUGAUUGUGGAGCCUGCUAGAGAGUUGCAAAACUUCAAUUACGAGGCUGAUGUUACGCAAAAUAUUAUACAUAUGGCAGGAUGUCUCAAAGAGGAAUGGUCAAUGAAUGUUAGAGGGGAUGUUUUAAGGACAGAUACAUAAUAAGGUCGUUCCCCGAUUAGAUGCAAAAUUUCUUUUCUUUUCUAAUCAUUUAAACAUUUUUAACUGCCUAGAGUCUGGAAUGUUAAAGACUCUAGCGUGAUGUUGAAAAAAUGAACGUAAUUUAUAUAUUGUUUUGCUAGAGAAACAAAAAUGUAUGGAAUCUUUUCUGAAAUAUUUCUUACUUGAAUCUUAAAACUGAAAUAUCCGAGCAAAAUUCGAUAAUGUGAAUUAAUGUUUUCAAAUAUUUUUAAUAAGAAAACAGGGGGAAUAAAAUGACAGAAAUACUCAAAGUCAAGUGCUAUUUCACAGCAAUUGAAAUCUUCUUCAAUGCUUGCAUUGCUAUUCUGUCGUUUAUCGUCAAUUCAAUCAAAAGAUUUUCGAAUUUUAUGACACGCAUGUACAUAAAAAGUUAAGCCUACUUCUGUACAAAACAGAUACUACAUAUAUCAAUACAAGGGAUUUUAUGAAAUCUCGAAAUAUAUUCCAUCACGAUAACACGGACAAUCGUUUUACGACUAUCUGAUGCAAAUAAUACGCGCAAACAAACACGUAAUAUUCCACGAUAAAGUUACACUGAUAAGAAAUCAAACGACACUGUCACAGAAAAUUUCAUUUACCUGUAACAUAAUCGAUUCCCAGUACAGUGAGAAUCAUUAUGUAUCGACCUGCAAAGAAAAAGAAACUUUUACUUUAUUUAAUACUCUUUUGUCUCACAUGAAAUACAAAUACCCUUAAAAGGUUUAUAAUUUCAUUGUAUUGCAUUAUAUUUUGCAUUCAUGAUUUUUCAAUGCUAAACUUUCAACUUACGAUUUUAUUCUUACACUGGUUAAUUUAAAAGAAGGAAAAAAUAGAGAAGGAUUAGUUUAUUUCAAAAUAAAAAUACUUCACUCUAUUUUCAUGAGUAAUGUCUUUGAACAUUAUUCUUUAUGUUGUGUGUUCUUCUAAAGGAUAUUUAAUUCAAAGUGUGUGUCUUAAUCGUUUGCAGCAAGAAAAACAGCAAUAUGGUUGAUCAGGCAGUUCUGGACAAACUGGAGGCUGGCUUCUCCAAAUUAGCUGCUUCUGAUAGCAAAUCUUUGCUGAAGAAAUGUUUGUCCAAGGAGGUCUUUGAUCAACUUAAGACGAGGAAAACCUCCUUUGACUCCAGCCUUCUUGAUGUCAUCCAGUCUGGUGUAGAGAAUCUGGAUUCUGGCGUUGGUAUCUAUGCCCCUGAUGCUGAAGCUUACACGGUUUUCGCUGACCUCUUCGACCCCAUCAUCGAGGACUACCAUGGCGGCUUCAAAAAGACUGACAAACAUCCACCAAAAGACUUCGGAGAUGUCGACACUCUUGGCAACCUUGACCCAGCCGGUGAGUUCAUCGUCUCCACCCGUGUAAGAUGCGGCCGUUCCCUAGAAGGUUAUCCAUUCAAUCCAUGCCUAACUGAAGCUCAAUACAAAGAAAUGGAAGAGAAAGUCUCCAGCACUCUGUCCGGCUUGGAGGGUGAACUGAAGGGAACCUUCUAUCCUUUGACCGGCAUGAGCAAGGAAGUCCAACAGAAGUUAAUCGACGAUCAUUUCCUGUUCAAAGAAGGUGAUCGCUUCUUGCAAGCCGCCAAUGCUUGCCGCUUCUGGCCUACUGGCCGUGGUAUCUUCCACAACGACGCCAAAACUUUCUUGGUCUGGUGCAACGAGGAAGAUCAUCUUCGUAUCAUUUCGAUGCAGAUGGGCGGUGAUCUUGGACAGGUCUACCGUCGUCUAGUGAGCGCCGUGAACGAGAUCGAGAAACGACUUCCGUUCUCCCAUCACGAUCGUCUUGGUUUCUUGACCUUCUGUCCUUCCAAUCUGGGCACUACAGUCCGUGCCUCUGUGCACAUCAAGCUGCCGAAACUGGCUGCCAACAGAGAGAAACUCGAAGAAAUCGCUGGAAAGUUCAAUCUCCAGGUCCGUGGUACUCGCGGAGAGCACACCGAGGCCGAAGGUGGCAUCUACGACAUCUCUAACAAACGUCGUCUCGGUCUGACGGAAUAUCAGGCUGUGAAGGAGAUGCAUGACGGAAUCGCCGAGCUGAUCAAGCUCGAGAAGGAACUUUAAACAGAGCGCGCCAGAAAACAGAGCAGCCACGCGGUCAUUUCCUUCUUUUAUUCGCCGCCCUUUAGAUGUUCUUGAUGCAUCGAGGAUCUCCUUUUAUUGCAGAAAGCAGAAAUGAAAUUUCAAAGAGCUUCGGGAAGUCGUCAUACUGUUUAUUUCUGUACGAACCUGAGAGAAACGCAUGUCGGAGAAAUUUUCAAAGAGUUUACAACGCGAUG